AUGGCUGUGUUCUUCACCGUGGCUCUCCUGGCUAUGGCAUGUCCUUUAAUGGCAUUUGACAUGGGUCAAUCCACUCGUUGCGUCACUAUCCCCAACCAGAUGGAGGUCUGCAAAGAUGUUGGAUACUCUGAGAUGCGGCUGCCUAACUUCUUGGGUCACAGCAACCUGGAAGGUGAGGUGGUGCCACGUUCAGAGGACUGGAGGCCACUGUUGCAGACAGGCUGCCACUCUCAAGCCCAGGCCUUCCUCUGCUCCCUCAUUGCGCCCGUCUGUCUUGACACUUUUAUCCAGCCAUGCCGUAGUCUGUGUGUGGCAGUGAGGGACAGUUGUGCCCCGGUGCUCGCCUGCCAGGGUCACCCGUGGCCCGAAGCGCUUGAUUGUGACCGCUUUCCUGGCGAGGAAGAGAUGUGCCUUUCUCCCCAUGUAAAAUAUAGCCACAUUGCCAAAGAUUUACCCAAACCUGCCUGCCAAAACUGUCCGUCUGUGGAAGAGGCUCCUGCAACGAAAACAGUCCUGAAUGCUUUCUGCCAGCAUGACUUUGCUGUGACUGCCAAACUUCAUCGCCGUCGCCUCCCCAUGGGAGAGCCAGAAUUUGAGGUUGAGGGCCGUGUUGAGUUUAUCCGCCAGGGACCUCUCCUGCCGUAUGACACCCAGCACCUACUCCAGAAGUGGCUCCUCAUCAACAUUCGAUGUGCUCACGCCCUCGUGCGCCUCGGACGGUCACAGCUGUACGUGCUGACCGGUUUUGUGCAGUCCGACGGCACCCUCGCUCUCACCCUUCUCUUCCCGUGGCACAAAAAAGAUGCAAACAUGGCAUUGGCCACUCGCAAGUGGAAGCACUACAGAUGUAGAAAGGAUUGA